AUGGCGAUCUUCCUCCUGGUUGCUCUCUCCGCCACCCACUUGGCGUUCUCCCUCCGCCCCGGCGGCGGCCUCGGCGUGUGCCGCGCCAGCGGCUACCUCCCCGGCCGGUCCGGCAACUGCGAAAAGAGCAACGACCCGGACUGCUGCGAGGACGGCAAGAAGUACCCGCAGUACCGGUGCUCGCCGCCGGUGACGGCGAGCAACAAGGCCGUGCUGACGCUCAACAGCUUCGAGAAAGGCAAGGACGGCGGCGGCCCGUCGGAGUGCGACAACGCGUACCACAGCGACGAGGAGAAGGUGGUGGCGCUCUCCACGGGGUGGUUCAGCAACAUGGCGCGCUGCGGGCACCGCAUCAAGAUCUCCGCCAACGGAAACUCCGUGUACGCCAAGGUGGUGGACGAGUGCGACUCCGUCCACGGCUGCGACGACGAGCACAACUUCGAGCCGCCCUGCGACAACAACAUCGUCGACGCCUCGCCGGCGGUCUGGGACGCCCUGGGGCUCGACCAGAGCCUCGGCAUGGUGGACAUCACAUGGUCUGAGGAGAUUCGUAUCGCAAUCCUCAAACAAGAGAUGCGCGCGACUGGCACGAGCCACAAGUGCAUCGUCGUGUCCCUCGCCUUCCCCUGCCGCGCGCGCCUAUUUAAACGGCCCGAGGCUCGCACACCUCAAGCACUACCCACGGCAAGCCACCAAGUCCUACAGCGGGAGCUCAACACUUGGGCAGCAAUGGCGAGGUCGUUGUCGUCCAAGCUUGCGUUCCUGGCCGUGCUCGUCCUGCUGCUGCAGGCAUCGUCGCUCGCCGUGGCCCGGCGCCACCACCAUGACGAGCCUGACCCGUGCCGCGACGGCGCCCCGGGCCUGCUGGGCCACAAGGACCACCGCUGCUCGUCCCCGGCGGUGUCGCCGCACGGCGGCACGCGCGCGGUGAUGACGGUGAACGGGUUCGAGAAGGGCCAGGACGGCGGGGACCCGUCGGAGUGCGACGGCAGGUACCACGACAACAGCGAGAUGAUCGCGGCGCUGUCGACUAGGUGGUACGCCGGCGGGCGGCGGUGCCACAAGGCGAUCCGCAUCACGAACGCGCACAACGGGCGCACCGUUGUGGCACGGGUCGUCGACGAGUGCGACUCCCGGCACGGCUGCAAGGACAACAUCGUCGACACGUCCAAGGCCGUCUGGGAGGCGCUGGGGCUCGACACCAAGAUCGGCGAGGUCCCCGUCACCUGGUCCGAUGCCUGA